AUGCACAUUGCCCCUGAUCGAGCCUUAACUCCACUGAAUUUAAAUGGAGGCUUUCAAAUACCGUAUAGCAGUCAUUCAUUCAAAGAUGAUGAUAUUGAUGAUAACUCGAAUGGUAGCAAAAGCAGUGAUAAAUUCAAGUAUGCUACACAACUCGAUAAUAGCUUGGAUUUAAGUAGAGAUGAAUUGGUCUUUAAAGAAAGAAACGUUUCUGGAAGGGUAAAUCUGACAGACACACAAGGGAAACCUUACUCUUUUUUAUGUAAUACAGAUGCUAGUAUAUCGCAGAUACCAUUUAAACCGAAAACAAAAAUAAUCAGAGAAUUAAAUGUUCAAGGUAAAGGAUUAUUACAUUUGAAUCUAAACAAUUAUAGAGAUUUGGAAACUUUGAACUGCUCUUAUAAUUGUAUAGCCGAUCUCGAAUUCUUGAAUGAUGGCUAUCACCUUACACAAAUCAAUAUGUCUCAUAAUCAAGUUAGAAGCUUAACUACCUUAGAAAAUACUCCGCUGAGACAUUUAGACCUUUCAUAUAAUUUAAUAGAAGGUUGCAUUGACUUUCGUGAACUAAUGCAUGGAUCAAGAGAUAAAUUAGGAUGGGCUUCAUUAGAAUAUUUGUGUCUAACGGGCAAUAAAAUUAAAGAGUUAAAAAAUAUACACUUGUUAACCAAUCUACGUGUAUUAUUGGUAGACAAUAACAACUUAGAGAAGGUAGACAACCUGCAUUUAUUACGUUACUUGGAAACUGUAAGUUUAAUGAAGAAUUUCAACUUACCUCAUUUAGAAUUAAAAUGCCUUCCUUUAAUGCAGUUAAAAGAGCUACACAUUGAUGCAUGCAAAUGCUUAAGAGAAUGGAAAAUAUGUCCGCCACAUAUUGAGGUUUUUGAGAUAUGUAAUGGUGCAAUUUGUGAUAUUCCAAAAUGGGAAUAUUUUCCUCCAAAUUUAAAAAUACUAAAAAUUUCAAAUAUUAGUGGACUACGGGAAUUGCCAUCAAAUUUAUAUCAAAUUAUCCCUACAGUUCAACGUCUGGAUCUUACAGAUAAUGACUUACAUGAUUUAAAAAAUAUUCUUCGCGCUAUACCUACAACUCAAUUGAAAUACAUCAAUCUUUGUAGAAACCCAGUAACGAAACAAUUGAGUCGAAGAACUGCCCAAAAUUAUGAGCAUGUUUUUCGAAUUGCCUGCCAGAUAAUAGAAAAUGUUCAUUUAGUUGAUUAA